AAAUAUAGUAAUUAUUAAGGAUUAUGAUAUCAACGUUGUCAUUAACUCAUAAUUAAUUGGAUCGUGAUCGUGUAUUCGUGUAUCGUGUUAUUCAGUGCCUCAGUGGUCAAUAAUCGGUACUUACUCGUCUUAUUCUUUACCUCAAUAGUCGUUAGUCAAUGGUUAUUUGAUUGUUUGUAUACAGUAUUACGGUUUAAUAUCCACCGUUUCGAUCAUGGUCUGAUAUUGAAAUUAACAUUCAGCAUGAACUGUGAUGUUUUUAAUCAUAGAUAAUCUUACAUUAACUGCUUUAGUAAGUAAUAUUCAAUUUAGAUAAUAAAUUGAUUGGUUUUGUUAUGUUGUGAAUGUUUUAAAAUGGAUACAAGCAACGAUUAUUUAUUCGCUCUACAAUUACAAAACGAAUUGGCCAAUUUUGAAGACAAUGGAAAACUACGUUUUAUAGAUUUGACAAAAUCUGAGAACAGUUUGGCUUCUGGCCCUAGGAAUGAAAAUAUAGUUGAUUUGACUGAUAUUGGUACUAAUGUUAAAAAACAAAAGCGUAAUGCUAAAGAUAAUGUACCUCGACCAACUAAACGAUCUUAUACUCAAAAUGUAGAGGCUACUAAAAGUGUAGUACACCAUUCUUGGGAAACGUUGGACCCAAAUCCAGAUAUACACGGUUUAUUUUUGGCAUUUAAUCGACAGUAUUUUUGGAGUACAUUGGACUCUGUAAUGAUUCAAUGGAGCAAAAGGAUGACAGUCUGCGCUGGUUUAUGUAGAUAUCAAAAUGGAUUUUGUUCCAUAAGCCUUAGUGAACCACUUUUAAAGCUCAGACCUCGAAAGGAUCUAGUUGAAACGCUAUUACAUGAAAUGAUACAUGCAUAUUUGUUUCUUACCAAUAAUAGAGACCAUAGAGAUAGAGAUGGGCAUGGGCCAGAAUUUUGUAAACAUAUGUACAGGAUAAAUGUAGGAGCUGGCACUAAAAUAUCGAUUUAUCACGAUUUUCACGACGAAGUAAAGUUGUACAAAACUCAUUGGUGGAAGUGUAAUGGACCAUGCCAAUAUAAUAAGCCAUUUUAUGGAUAUGUAAAGAGGAGUAUGAAUCGUGCACCAGGACCAAAUGAUAAUUGGUGGGCUAAUCAUCAAGCUAAUUGCAGUGGAAUUUUUGUUAAAGUUAAAGAGCCUGAAGGAUAUGGAUUGAAAAAAAAAUCAACUGUUCAAAAACAAUUGGAUGUUAAAUCUGCUAAUAAAAUAACAAAUUUCAUUACAGUAUUGGGUCCUCCAAUAAACAAAGAUCUUCAUAAUGAUUCUGAAAUAUAUUCGAAACCAAAAGAAAAUGAUAAAAAGUCUCACUUAGACGACAAAUUGAAUUCACUCACAAAGAAAGUAUCUGAACAGAAUGCUAAUAUGUCUUCUAAAUCUGAUGAAUGCAAUAAACAAAAUGCUCAACAAGAUAUAUGCUUAAAAAAUUUAGAUGAAACUACAUUAUGUCCUAUUUGUAAUGAACCUGUAUUAACAGACUGGUUGAAUGAUCAUUUACAAAAUUGUGAUCAAUUAAGGGAGAUGUUUGGCAAUGAAAUUAAUGAUAAAUGUAAAUGCCCAGCAUGCAAUAAUACAGUUGAUAGAUCCUUAAUGAAUGAACAUUUAAAUAACUGUAAAAUGUUGAUUAAUGUGUUUGAAAACGACUCUGUGGAUAUUCCUGAUGAUACCAAUUAUGUAAACUGUCCAUGUUGUGAAAAAAUGGUUAAAGAAAGUAAUAUUAAUACACAUUUAGAUAUUUGUAUGUCGUCAGAAAUGCCAGAAACACCAAAGCCAAAUGUUAAUGAAAAUAAUUUAAAAUGCCCAUGCUGUGAAAAUAUAUUUAAAAAUGUUAUAGAGUUAGAUGAUCAUAUAGAUAACUGCUUGUCAGUAUGUUAAUAACCAUAAUUUAUUUUGUAUUUCACUUUUUGUUUACUUAAUAUGUUAAUAUAUUUUUAUCUUUAUUGUAUUUAAAAUAAAAACAAUGCUUAUUUUUA